AUGUUAGUUGAAGACAAGGUAGAAGCUCCAGUAGGCGACGUUGAACAGGAAGAAAAUCAUUGGGAACACGAUUCGACACCGUUCGUCAAUUCUUUGGGCAACACGGCGACCACGAAGAUUUCGGAGGGCACGAGUCCAGUUGAAAGCACGUCGAGAAACAUCAACAGUCUGGAAUCCGGAUUUUUCAUUGGAGAGAUCAUUGAUUUGAAAUGA